AUGUCAGCAGGGAGCUCCGGUACUGGUAGCAGUAUGUGUUCUGGAACGAGGUCUUUGUCAUCAAAAACAACAGGUCCCGCGGAUGUAAGUACAGAUAACUUAACAAAUACAAUGGCAAACAUGAAAGUGUCAGAUACUGCAUCACGAACAAUUGAAACUCCAACUGUCGUGCUGUUCGACAAAGCGACUUCAGAAAGCAGCCACCCCAUGGAGAUACCAGGAAGAAGUGGGGCAAUAUCAACGCGUGCGACACUGCCCACAAUACAUCAAAACGUUCCAGCAAGAACAGGAAGCGGUGAAAAUAUUGAGCGGAUUUUCGCUCCACCCAGACAGACGAGCUCGACUCACUGGACCGCAAUCGCUGCUCAUGUAAAUCGGUCCGUCCGGUUAAAGAGACAGCAUGUCAGAGACCAGGCCAUGUGCGAGAGAAGGAAAAUAAGCUGCAUUGCCCCAAGUGGAACACAAAGUCCGAGUUCUGGAAAUACAUUCGACCAGCAACUGGAUGCUCUGCUUCCGGCAAUUGUAAACGACCUACGAGCUGCGGGAAACUUGCACAAUGCAAAUGCUGUGCGCAUGCGGGCCGCACAACAACUACGAAAACUGCUCUCACACGAGCGCAGCCCUCCAGUUGCACAGGUGGUGGCAACGGGUAUCCUCCCGGAUCUCCUUCGGUUCAUGUUAGCAGAUGAUCUCCCCGGACUUCAAUUCGAAACGGCCUGGUGUUUGACAAAUUUAGCGUCGGACUCUCAAAGCCACGCCAAGUUGGUCAUUGAGGCGGGCGGAGUUCCUGCGUUUAUUCAUCUCUUGAAGUCAAACGAUGUCCAAACCGUAGAGCAAGCGGUGUGGGGUUUAGGCAAUGUGGCCGGGACUUGUGCCGAGUAUCGAGACUUGAUUUUGGCGGCAAACUGUCUUCCUCCGCUUCUGGAGAUACUUCGCACGACUGAGCGCGUGUCUUUACUCCGAAAUGCGACGUGGACUCUGUCAAACAUAUGUCGAGGUAAACCAGCUGUGGACAUGUGUCAGGUGAAGGAGGCACUUCCCAUCUUCAAAUCAUUAAUAUACCGAGCUGACAGGGAAGUGCUUAUAGACAUAUGUUGGGGACUAUCAUAUCUGACGGAUGGAGAGAAUGAGAAGAUACAAGCAGUCCUCGACUUGGAUAUCACUAAGCGUCUAGUAAAUCUACUCAAACACGAAUCCCUGCACGUCGUCACACCUGCUCUUCGUACGAUCGGCAACAUCGCAACUGGCGAAGAUCACCAGACGCAGCAAGUUCUCAACUGUGGCGCAUUGCCGGCAUUGAAAGAACUUCUCACGAAUGAACACGCUGCCAUCCGUAAAGAGACAUGCUGGACACUGUCCAACAUCACAGCAGGCACUACGCCACAGGUACAGCUCGUUUUCGACGAAGACAUACUGCCGAUUCUUGUUAAAAUGGCGUCCACUGAGCCUUUCCGCACCCAGAAGGAGGCUGUCUGGGCUUUGGCGAACCUCACUUCGGGGGCAAGUCCAGCGCACAUUGAGCAUAUUGUUAGUCUUGGAGUGCUCGAUCCCCUUGUCUGUCUGCUUGGACAAGAAGACCGGCUGGCGCACGUCAUCCUGGAGUGUUUAGACAACGUCUUGAAAACUGGGCAAAGCGCUGGUCAACGAAAAAAUCCAUAUGCGAAGUAAGUGCGCAUGUACCUACAUAUGUGUACGAGUUCAAAAGCAUACUUUCUGUCAGUAUUCUAAGUACUAAUCUUUACGUCCCUUUCUUACUCCGCAGGGUGCUCAUUCGGCUGAGAAUAAGAGAGAUACUCCUUGAAAUGGCCGAGGACUCCGAAACGGAUUCAAUGGUCUAUGGAAAGGUUGUUCUUUUACUACACGAUCACUUCUCAAGCGCA